AUGCCAGGCGCAAGAGUGCACCGUUUGUACGAGGAUGCUGCAGAGCGGAUUCUAGAACAGGAUCCCUCAGCCGAUGUGGCCAUCGUCGGAUUUCCGACAAGCUGGAGAGAAGCAGAGCUGCAAGUCUGCUUUGGUCCCGUGUGUGACUGCGACAGACUGCGGCUUGUCAAGGAUCACAGCGGCAUUUGGGUGUGCCUGUUACAGACGAGCAGCAUUCCCGCACUCCUCGCAGCACGGCUUAGAACCAGCAAUCUCGCAAGAGAAGGACUUCGUGUUGUGUUGGCAACCAGGAAGGAUUCCCAUGAGGUCCCCAAGGCACUGUCACAGCAUCAGUUUCAAGCUGAAGAGCGGGGAGCCCUUCAUGGCCUGAGGUCGCAGACAGAGCUCAAUGGCAGUCCGUGCAGUAUCGUAAGAUACGACCAGGAGUCUCGCCGAUGGCUUGUCCGUUUGGACAUAGAAUCAGAGGACAACGAAAUCCUGGUGUCAGCUGCGAAUCUUCUCCCGCUCUGGUUACCGGAGCAGGCAGAAUCUCUCGCGGACGACAAAGCAGAGAGCAUGCCCAGGGGCGCGGAAAGUGAUGGAGCCGACGCAAAAAGCACAGCGGCAGAGGCUGAAGUAGUUGAUGAUGAAGCUUUUGAUGAUGCUCCCGAUCGUGAAGAGACGGAGAAGCAAAACAAAGGGACAGAGAUGUCAAUUGACGAAGCAAUUGACGACACCCGGGCAGAAGCACAGGACAAGACCAAAAGAUCAGCUGAGGGACCAGGACAAAGAAAAGCGCAAGAGGCCGAAGGCGAUGCUGCAGGGGAAGCUACUCCAUCUGCACCUGCUUCCAAGGCGAAAGCAGGGAAGGGGACAGUCAAGAUGUCUCAUGCGCUUGUUGUUACUGGAUUUCCACUCUGGGAUCUCCAACAGAUCACCCAGUACUUCGCUCGAUUCGGUGAGCUACGCACCAUCUUGGGUGCGAACAAAAACAAAGGUGGCAAGAGGAAGCUGCUUGUGGCGUACUGCCGCAAAGUCAAUGCGAAAAAGAGCCAACAGCACGUCCAUGGAGCAGAGAUCGAUGGAAACAAGCUCAGCGCGGUCUUUGCAGAUGACUCCAGCUUUGCAAGGCAGCAGGAAGCAAAAGCUGCGGCACGGCCAAAGAACAACUCGUAA